AAGGACAGAGACGUGCGUUAGGAUUAAAACCUGCUCCAGCUAAAAAAGAAGGACAGACACUUGUGGAAUUUAGACACACUGGCUGCUGAGGUUCACGAAACAUGGAUAUGCUUAAUCAAGACUCAUCUGGUAGCCACAGUAGCACUCCAGAGCUGCGCUUAAUCCUGGUAGGUAACAUUGGCUGUGGGAAAACACUAACAGCUGACACGCUGCUGAGUGACAGCUCGAGCAUCAGCGCCCUCGUGCCAUCACGGCUGAGCGAGGUUCGGCGUGGAAGGUGUGAGGGACGACACCUCAGAGUGGUCGAGACACCGCGCUGGUACUGGAGAGGUGAGAGCAUUGAUGUCAACGUGCAGAGAGAGACGGAGAAGGCUCUCAGCCUGGUGGCACCAGGGCCACAUGCCUUCCUCAUCCUGGUACCUGUGGGACAGUUCACCGAGAUAGAGGGCCGAAUUCCUGCUGAGUUGGAGCGUGUGUUUGGCAGAGGUGCACUGGAACACACCAUGGUGCUGCUCACCUGCGGAGAUUAUCUGUCAGGACGAGACCAUGACCGCUACAUCAGGAUGGGCGAGCCGGGGCUCAAUGCCAUGGUGAAUGAGUGUGGAGGACGUUGGCAUGUGAUCAAUAACCGCAGACCAGAGGACAGAGAGCAGGUCAUAUCAUUGCUGGAGAAGAUAGAGCAGAUGACCCAGAGGGCCGGUGGCUGUUACCUGCCAAGCCCCAUGCAAAGAGAGGUAGAGGAUCGAGAGCUGGUGAGGAGGUACAGCCUGCGUGAAGAGGAGCUGGUAAACCCACAUCACAGAACGCUGACCCAGACAACAUGGAGCAAAGAGGAGACGUGGGACGAGUCCGGGAGGAGAGCAAAAAUCAGAGUCAGAAGCAUGGGGCCAGCGACAGGAAGGGUGAUGUCACAGCAGCUGACCAAUGGGCUUGACUCUCAGUUGUGCUACGACGACUCAUCUGCAGGACUCAAACAGAAGCGUUCCAGUUUCAAACUGAGUAAAGAGGGCGCCAUUCUCAGUCAGAUGACAGAGACAGAGCAACCAGGCAAAAACCAGAACAACCAGAACUUCAUUAACACCAUCCAUUACCAAUUCAGCACCAUGGGUGACACCACCUCUGCUGCAUCUUCCAUCCCAUCACCCACAGUGUCUUACUCUCCCUCCUUCAGUACCUUCUCCUCAUCUAAUGUUACUUCUUCCUCAGCUCCUUUUGCACAUUCCUCCUCCAACAACUUUUCCUCUUCUCCUUCUUUUUCCACUUCCCCGUCCACUAACAUCCCUUCAACUGAUUUUUUCCCUUCCUCCCCCACUAAAGUCUCCUCUUACUCAUCCGCUACCCUUUCCUCUUCCCCCACCAAUGCCUUGUCAUCUUCCUCUUUCACUGACAUCCCCUCUUCUCCCACUAAUGUCUCCUAUUCAUCCUCCUCCACUGUCUCAUCCUCUUCCAAUGCAUCAGUCUCUUCCUCAUCCACUGGCAUCACCUCUUCUGCCUCCUCCUCCUCCACUGCUUUAUCCUCUCGCCCCACCAUUACCCCCUCUUCCUUCUUCUCUAGCAAUUCCUCAGAUGAACUGAGACUUGUCCUGUUGGGUCGAAGUGGGUCUGGGAAGAGCACGGCAGGGAACACUAUUUUGGGCCGUGACGAGUUUAAGCUGUGUAGAGACGAUGCCACUGGUGCAACCACCCAGUUGUGUGUGAAAGGAACAGCUAUGAUUGGAAAAAAACAAGUGACAGUUGUGGACACUCCAGACUGGUUCUGGCCCCCAGAGAAGCUGACAACCCAUCUGUCCUCCUGUGUAGAACUGUGUGCCCCAGGCCCUCACGCCUUUCUACUGUGUGUUCCUGUAACCCUGCCUGGCCGCUCAAACUUACAUGACCUGAGUUCCCUAAAGAAUGCCUUUGGCUCCGAUGCCAUCCUGCGCCAUACUUUGGUCAUCUUUACGCACUCAGACAAGCUGAAGGACGCAAAUGUGGAGGAAUACAUUGCAGCUAAGCGACCAGAGUUGCUAGAGUUGGUUGAGAAGUGUGAUGACCACUACCAUGUCCUGAAGCAAGGAAAGAAUGGAGGGAACAUAGAGGAGCUGUUGGAGAAGGUAGAGCAGGUUGUGAAGGAAAGUGGCGGAAGCCAUUACAGCUACCAGGAACAGGGGGAGCUUGUCAGAGGAAGGUUGACACAGUUGAGGAGAGGCCAGGGGGUAGAGGACAACGUAGACCGAGCCAACUCAGGCACUCUACAUUCUCUGAAGGAGGAAGAGGAAGUAGAGCAAGAAGAGAAAAAUGCAAAACCAGUGAAAUCUGUAGCCUGGUCGGUUGCAACUGUUAUCGGCUCUGUCCUUCGAUUUGUUGGGCAGAAGGUGGGCGAAGGUGCCAAGCAGGUGCCUAAGCCGGUGGCUGGAGGGGCAGUGCUAGGAGGUGCACUUGGGCUUUAUGUUGGAGGACCUAUAGGGGGUGCUGUUGGGGCUACAGCAGGAUCUGCAGCCGCUGAAUAUGGAAGACGAAAGUACAAUAAACCCAAAACAGACUAAUGGAUAGUAAUGGACAAAUACCUGCUGCAAAUACCUGCUGCAGUAAUGCGCAUAGUCUGCAAUCUUUAAUUUAAUGCCAAAGCUUUUGUUUAUUAAUAGGCAUUAGCAAAAUAUUUGCCCAGGAGUAUACAUAGACUACUGUGAUUUAAGUGGUCUGUUCAAUUGAUGUCUGACAAAGGCACAAGGAAGUUAAGAAUCAGUAAAAACGUGUUGUUAUUAGUCUGUUGAAGACUUUUUAUCUUAGCUGGAGAGUUUAAGCUCACUAUUAAUAUAUUAUCUAUAAAUAAAGGAAUAGAUUAUUAUAAAAUGCUUGUGUAAAACCAUUGUCUGCUAUCCUAAAAUGUUGGCCUGUAAACAACUUUUUAAGCGUGGCUCUUUUUGGCUGGAUUGAAGUCUGUAGCCACAUCUGCAGCUCUUUUUAAAAAUAAAAGCUCUUUGGUGUCUUUUGUAUAAGAAAUUCUGAUAAUGGUUUCAGUGUUGAGGUAAGACUUCCAGAAACCACUUGUUGUAUGAAAUUAAAUUUCUACAUAAGAAACUUCAGAUGUUCUUCCUCGUUUUGUGCUGGCAGAUACGGAAAAUUUGUCUAAAUUUACUGAAACCGAUUUUAAUUUUGUUUUAUGUAAAAAAAAAAAAAAAAAAAAGAAGAAGAGUUCCUCAAUUUUUGAGCUGAGUUGCAGUUUUAUCUUGAUUCAGACUCUCGAUUAAUUGUGUAAUCUUUUGCAGUAGUAGAUUACGUUACAGUAUUUGUUAAGAUGAAAGACAAUCGUAAGUGCAAUAGCAAUUUUUAACAUUCUUAUUAUUAGUAUUUCUAAUUAUGUUGAUUAUUUAGAAGGCUCAUACGGGUAGGGUUGUUGAUCGGAAGGUUGGGGGUUUAAGCCCCAGUAACACCAAUUUGCCACCUUGAGCAAGGCUCUUUACCCCCCUUGCUCCAGGGGUGCUGCAUCAUGGCUUACUCUGUGCGCUGAGAUAUGCAAAGAAAGAAUUUUACUGUGCUGUACAUGUAUAUGAGACCAAAUAAAGGCUUCUAAUCAA